AGACGUCCGUUAGAGGCAUUUAAGCCGCCCCAGGAAGUGAUGCUGCGAUGACGUCGAAACGGGGUCAGAGGCGCCGCAGGGAAGGCCUGGCGCCUGGCUCCACACAGGGGCUCUCCACGGUAGUGUAGCCAGUGUAGCGAGUGUAGCCGGCGGACCGUACAAAGCGCCGCGCCGCCGCUUUGCCAGCUUUGGCAGCUUUGGCUUUGCCCCCGGAGUUGCCGGAGUCAAGAAAAGCCCUCGACCAGCCGGCGCACUCCCCUCGUCCGUUUCGUUGGACUCUCCCGGCGCGUUCUCCCUCUCCCCCCUUCGAGCAACUCCUGACGUCCUGACUACUUCGGGGAGGGAAGUCGAGCGCCGCUAGCGUUUUGUCGAGAAAGUCGUCGUCGCACUGUGGUCGUCCAUGGCGCGUCCCUCGUUGCGGGGCGGUGUUGUGGGCCCGAGUGUCGCGGUCCUAACCCAGCGCGGGCCGAACUCAGCGAGGGCUGCAUAGCAGACCGCCGGGAGCGCCGACGCCAGCGCGUCGACGCCGCAACACUCCGGUCAGGGCACAGCUGCACGAUUGAUGGAUGCCGAAGACAUGACAUCGUCACCCCCACGCCUUCCUCCUGUGAGCGGGGUGUUGGUUACUGCGAAUCCGUCGGUCGUGCGUCCCGUGGCAUUCCGGGCGUCGCACGGCGGAAGCAGCAGCGCCCUCCCGGAGGCCGGCAGUCACGUGGCCGACGAAGGCAGCUCCAGUAACGGCUCAGUGUUGAGCUUCCCAGAAGAUGGCCGGCGCCCCCCGGCAGGCAGCUGCCACUGCUCCGGCCACCGCUCGGCCCCCGUACUGGAGUGGGGCCAGGGGGCCGCCCAGCGCUGGCGCACGGCCUUCUACCCCGCCCACGCAUCCAGCCAGGGCACACCGCCGUCUCUGUGUACGGUGUUCUUCCACCAGUCGAUGCCGCAGGUGGGCGCCGACAGCCGGGGGUCGCGCUCGAGCAGCGGCGGCCCCGUCGACGGCGUGCUUGACUCAGGCCACAGCUCGGCGCUGCUGCCCGAAGACCGGACACCGCCGUCGCCCAGCGACUCGGGCAUCGCCGAGCUCGAAGCGCAGCUGCGCGAGAAGGACGCCGAGAUUGCGCACCUGCGCCAGACGCUGGAGCAGAACGAACAGGCCAUCAUAAGGGUGUACGAGGAGAAGGAGCAGGCCUGGCAGAGGCGCAUGGAGGAGCUCAAGAGCCUCUACGAGGAGCAGCUGACCCAGCAGAGGCUGCAGACCCUAGCUGCAAACGUCUGCACCCACCACCCAGAGGAGGAGGAGAGCUGGUGGCUGCCCUCACAGCUGGACAGCGAGGUGGCCAAGCUCACAACCCUCAUGACAGGCCACGAGGUGCCCCAGCUACGGCUCGAGCUGCGCCGCUGCCGGCGCCACCUGCAGCUGGCCCUGCAGAGCUUCCGGGAAGAGCGCCAGGCACGCCAGGGCAGCCACGGGCAGAGCCGGGACCUGCUGCGGGCCCUCUCCCGGGUCCAGCUGUUGGAUGGCUGGUCCGAGUCGAGCUGUUGAGUCUGUGAUAACGGCCAGUGCCUUGCCCAGACUGGAAGCGGGGAACACGCGCAACCGCCCCGUUUCUUUUUCCGGGCACACUUUGCCAAAAGCUUUGUUUUUCACUUCCCCUCUGUGCAAUUCAUGGACAGUGCAUUUUGUCCAGCUGUGCUGCUGGUCGAGCGGGCUGUGUCGCCUCGACAUGUUCCGUUUUGCUGUGUUUAGCCAAAGGUCCGGUCUGCUGUCGUCAAAGUAUAUCUCUCCCCAUAUGGCAUUGUUUCCGCGUUGACAUUAAAGAAAAAGAAUGUUAAACGAAUAUGCUGACCAUAGAAGUUCUAUGGACAUUGCUCCGACGUGUCUCUAUUUUGUGGGCAUUUGUGCGAACAGUUGUCGUAGUUCCUGUGUGCUUGCUUGGCUGCAUUCUUGUUUGGUUUACCCAGCGUUCCGUCGCUUUGUGUUUGGGCAGAUCUGGGGCCCAUGUGCUACUCACUGCCAUUCUACCAAUGCCAUUGGAAACGUGCGUUGGCAAUGUGCGCGGCAAACGCAGUGUCUCCAGCGUGUAAAUAAGUGGCUCCCCGUGUGCCAACAAAUCUGAGACUUCUUUGUCCGUGUACUGCCAUCGCGACUUUUGAUCACAAUUAGUGUCAUCUGAAAACAUACUGUAGCCACAUUUUAUAAACCUACAUAAAAGAGGAGAGCCAAGCGACUUAAACGAUGAGAGGAAAGAUGAAUGUACCAAUGAAUCUACCAACAGCAUGAUCCAAAAGAACAGUGCUUUCCCGCUGUUUUUGGUUAUUGUUACUCGAGUUAUCUCAAUACUCUUUAUUUUUAUUUUGUCAUCCCAUCCAACUAGGCUCCAAAGUUUACAAACACCAUUAGUGUGGUGCUUUCAGAGAAACUGUUUCAUUGCCACCACCCUACAACAAAGCUGCAGAACCAUUUUCGGUGCAUUUACUGUAGGGAAAAGUUAUGUAUGUCUUGUUUGAGGAAAGUACCUGCUUAAUAAAGUUGCAUAUCAUGUUCA